AUAGGGCAUGACGGUUCAGGUGAGCGCUCAUCUGUGAUGCAGAAUACUCGAAUUUCUAUUUUAUAUAGCGGCAUAUAUCCACUGCAUCAAUUUUCAUUCGACCUUUCUCCCGAAGAUGCAGCUUGCCCUAACUGUACCCAGCAGGUCGAAGCAGCUUAUCUCGCAUCGCCGAGAGAUAAGACGUUUUAUAUAGAGGAGAUGCAUCCUUAAUGUCUGCCUGCUGCAGCAUCUUUCUCUACAUUUGGCAUUAGAGCAGUAAAGUAAAGUAACGUCAUGUCCGUCCUGACAGACUGGUCCGCCUGCUCCAAAACGGACACGCUCUUCAUCCUCGUCUGCUCCGUCUUCUGCUGGCUCAUCAUUCCCGCCGUCGGCCUCGCAUACUCCGGCUAUUCUACGCGUCGCAGCGGCCUGGCAUCCUUCUACCCUAGUCUGCUCGUCGUGGCCGUCUGCUCUAUCCAAUGGUGGCUGAUCGGGUACUCGCUGGCCUACGACGACGACCACGGUAACGGCGUCAUCGGCGGUCUCAGUAAGGCAUUUCACACGGGCGUCCUCGCUGACCCGGUCGGGACUAUCCCGGAGAUUCUCUUCUCGGAGUUCCAGCUUAUUUUCUGUGCGACGGUUUGUGCUAUUGCGGUUGGGGGGGCGUGUGAGAGGGGGAGGAUCGUGCCUUUGAUUCCGUUCAUAUUUCUCUGGAGCACAUUCAUCUACCAACCCCUCGCCCACAUGGUCUGGUCAGGAACAGGCUUCCUGGGCGAGCUGGGCGUCCUCGACUUCGCCGGUGGCACCCCCGUGCACAUCUGCAGCGGCGCAACAGCGACGGCACUUAGUCUGUACCUCUCGUAUCCCAUCGGACGGUCGAGAGCGAGCAGCGCAGGUCAAAAUGGUAAUGGGAAUGGAACGCCAAAACGAACCCCCCAACACCUCAAGCUCCACCGUCCCCACAACACAAUCUGCCAGCUCCUCGCAAUGAUCAUCAUCUGGAACGCCUGGCUCGCCUUCGACGCCGGCACGACUCUCUCCUUCAAUUUCAAAUCAAUCAUGGCCGCCUGCGUGACGAACCUCUGCGCCGCCUCCGCCUGCCUGACCUGGUCCGUCAUCACGUACUACGAAACCGGCAAAUGGAGUCUCGACAGCGCCUUCAUGGGCGCCAUUUCGGGACUGGUCCUCAUCACACCCAGCGCGGGCUUCAUCGACAUGACGACGGCUUUCUUCUUCGGUGUACUUGGCGCCGUCGUCUGUCGGCAGGCGCUGAGAAUCAAGUUCACCAAGUUCGCUGCCCGGUAUAGAUGGGUUGAUAAUGGGGAUACUUUUGCGACGCACUGUAUUGGCGGGUUUGUGGGGACUAUCGCUACGGGUCUCUUCGCCAGGAGGGACGUCGCUGCUUACGAUGGCGUUACGGAUAUCCGGGGCGGGUGUGUCUUUGACGGAAACUGGAGACAGCUGGGCGUACAGGUUAUCGAGGCUGUUAUUGGGUUUGUUUGGAGCUUCGUGGGAAGUUAUAUUUUGUAUGCUUUGGUGGAUUGUGUGCCUGGGUUGGAGGUCUUGGCUGUUGAUCAGGAUGUUAUUGCUGGUAUGGAUGCUUCCGAGAUGCAUGAGACUCUUUACGAGGCGCAGUGGGCUGGUGAGGAGGAUUAUCAUCCCUUUCACCAGGAUGGUGUCGUUCACCUGGAGUGAUAUAUACAACUAUAGAAUUAGGAUGUGGAUAGAGAAAUCGAUCAAGUCUGUCUGAUAGACGCAAAGCAC